AUGAAAUCGAACGGUCGAAAUCGAUUGCGCAAUUUUGAACGGGAUAUUAUUUUAACCAGGUUAGUUCAUUUUGAAACUUUUUUAUCUUUGAUAACAAUAGAUUAGAGAAAAUUGAGUAACACAGAUUUUUGAAAACAAAAGUUUAGAUCAUUUUGAAAAAAUGAAAAAAAUUCGCAAGAUUUCUGAGUAAGAACUAAAGUUAUUUUUUAUAGAAAUAAAAAAUUCAUUGAAAAAAAUCUUGAGUUGCCUCUAAAAUUCAAACUAAAUUUUGGACAUGUUUAAACUAUUGAUUGUAUCUAAUUGAGAUAUAAAAUUUCCCAUUUAGAAUUUUUGAAAAAAACAAUUGUUGAAUUCCAACAUCCUAAAACUUGCGUUCCAAAUAAUGUUCUGAAAACGUUUUGUCAGAAUAAUGGAAACGUUUUUAUAAACUUUCAAAGUGGUACAAUUUUUCAGUUUCUAAAAUUCAGAAAUACUCUUCAACAUUUUUCGGUUCCAAAUUUUUCGAAUAUACACGAAUCUUCAAAAUUUAUCAAACAAUUAGAUCACUUCUUUUUUCCAUUUAUAGGUUGUUGAGUUUUUCCUCUUGAAUCAAGAGUCUCGAUACAACCUUCUUUUCUGCUGCUCUUUUCACUUAAAAAUUUAUGAGAUUUUGUGUCUUCUCUGUUGAUGCAUAAACAAUAAGAAUAAUUAGAAUGAACUUUUUUUUUGUAACUUUUCCCUCUCUAUCUCUCACAUUUCUCUACGCCUCUCUUCAUUUCCUACUCUCUCAUUCAUUUAUUUAAAAAAAAAUGCAAAAACAAUAAGUAUGUAUCUACCUGUGCUGAAAUUGACACCUUUUUUUGAAGGGCGUGGAUUUGUUUGUGCAAAUAUAAGUUGUCUUCUUUUUUCCCUUCUUUUUUCUUCGUUUUCUACCACCAAAACGUAUUUGCGCACUUUUAUCCGUUUUUCCUCUUCCUUCUUUUUUUCCUACUUUUUUUUUCAAAAUUUUGGAAACAUUUUCACAUUUUUUAGUUUUCGAAACUUUAUGUUUAAUCUCUAUUUGAAAAUUUAUUUUUGUAUAUUUUAUCAAAAAAGUAUAUUUCUUUUGUCUGGUAUACUUUUUCGGGAAGUAUAAAAAUUGUACAGUUUUAUGAAAUUUAAUAAAAUUAAGUACAAAAAUCCAGUUACUAAUAUUCCGAAAAAUUCCGAAAAUUUGAAACUAAAAUUUCGGAAUGUGGAUUGCGAUCAGGCCUGCAGACCAAUGUGAAUAGCGCAAACCGCGAAAAUAACGAACAACUAAAAAAACGAUAAUUCUCAGAGAAAGUAUGGCUUGAACGGCGCGGUCCGCGGACGACGAUUUUUCACCGAUUUUUGGGUGAAAAUCAUUACGCGGAUUCCGCGAAAAAAAUUUCGCGGACAGCGAAACUUCAGCCAAUGAGAGUCUAAUUUCGCGCAUUCGGCGAAAUGUUUUGACUCGGAAAUUUGGUUUUUUUGAGUUUUUCGCGGAUUCGCGGAUGUACUCGAAAGGAAGGGUAUAAAAAGAAUAAAUUGUAUCGCGUACGCGACAACGAGGAUAGCGCAGCAAGGAAGAUGGAUGACUACAAAACGACAGGAUUGGGAUCGAGGCCGGGUUGGAACUACAAGUGAAUACUAACUUCUGAUAAUUAUCAGGGGUCGUGAAGCAUUUUUAUAUUUCGAGAGUGCAUUGCGCGGACGUUUCGCUAACAGCGGAGUAUAAUUUCGCGGACGUUUCGCUAAAGUUCUUGUGUCAGCCGCGGAUUGGCAGAUUUUUGGGUUUCGCGAACCGCGCCGUUCCAGCCAGACCUUCUCUGAGAAGCCACGCCAAUUUUACACGUUAAACCUAGCGCCUCGCACAACCCGCGAAAUGUACGUUUCUAGAAAUAUAAAAGUAGUGUUGGCAUGUCUGUUCGACAUUCCAAAGUCUAUUAGAUAAACAAAUAUUAUCAAAGUAAAAAAAAUUAAAAGAAAGGGCAGAAAUUCAAAUCCCAAUUUCCCCAAGUACGGUAUUUCUCUGCGUCGCAAACACCGUUUCGAGAUCACACCAUUGGGCAGAGAAACACAGUCAAAGACGCACAUAUUAGCCUUUUACCAAUCGGUGCACCUCGCUCUAUCGCACUCGCCAUGGAAGAGAAAAGUUUUUUUUCGCGUCCUAGGAUCCGACACACUCGGCCAUCUUUUUGUUUUUGUUUUUCUUUUUUUCGAAACGGUUUUCGUUUGCAUUUGAACUCGUGCGCUUUUUUUUUGGCGCGCCUCGUGCGAUGCGGAGCGUGUUUGUUCGAUGGAGCGAGGUGCACCGACGCAUGAAAAGCUAAUAUGGGUCUCGUACCGACUGACAGAAACACCGUACUUGGGAAAAAUGACAUUUGAAUUUAUAGCCUCCGUUUUUUUGCCAAAUUAAAAAUUAUUUUGCUCGCCACGACCUACCAUAUUUUUUGAUGUCCGCAUUUUCAGUGGGGAAUUCUUUCAAUCUGUGAAUUUUUAUAUUGAGAACAUAGAUUAUGAAAAAAAAAGUUUAAAGUCAUGAAAUUAAUUGAAAUUUGUGGAAAAUUAAGAACAGAAACACCUGGUUUUUUUUCAAACUUUCAUUCUCGAAAAAUUAACCCACAAAGCAAAUUUGAUUAUUCCAUCGAUGUUAUUUUUUAAUUUUCUUUCAAAAAUGCACAAAUCUUAUUUUUCUGCCCAUUAUUCUUCUUCUUGGGUGUAUUCACAAGCUGAUAUUUUGAACUUUCCCACCAAUUCCUCUCAUUUUAUUCAAUUUCUCCGCCUUUUUUCCACCCACUCAAAAACCGCCCUCAAAUAAAUAAUUUUUCAAUUGUUCCAAAUCUAUAAAUGUUGUGUUUCAAACAAUUUCUUUCUUUUCAUUUCUUUUUUCGGUGGUCACCAUCACAACCCGAAUUUCGGCUUCAUCUCAAGUGAGCCGGAAGAUUUUAUGCCUCUCUUUUUUCUUAUUUUUUCGGCCUACUUUCCUCUUCUUGUUUUUUUUUCUUCAUUCGUAACCAACCCAAAAUUGAAACGAAACUUUUUCAAGAUCUUCAUUGUGAUAGCUUUUUUCUACUUACUUUUUUUUCAUUUUGCUCCGUGAGCUCAAAAAAAUCAUUUUCUGUUGAAGACAAACUAAUCUAAGCAAAAAUAUAAAAAACAACACAUCAGCAAAAUAUUUUUUCUGACAUUUUUUCCGCUUUCGGAAAUAGAUGAUGGACUGGCUGGUAUAAUAAUCGACCUCAGCGCGGCUUUUCAACUCGUAAACAACUCAUUUUUCUUGAAAAAAUGAGAUUUUUCCUUACUUUUUUAGUUACAGUAACUUAUGAAAGAGCAAUUUUUUAAACCAAACUACAUAAAAAGAGGUCAAAAAGGAUCUUGUUACUACAUUUUUUCAAUUUGUCAAAUGUUUAGUUAUUGAAAAAUAAACAUGUUUCUGUUUCUGGCAUUUAAAAAUGCAUUGGAAAAUAGGAAAAUUGUAAACAAUUUUUGGCGACGUCUCAAGAGUUGGCUGUUUUUUGUUCGCUUUUUCAAAUGAAUAGAAAAAACUUGAGAUUAUUUAUUUGUCAGUCGCCCAAAAAAUUUGAUCACUUUGUUGUUCUGUUUUUUUUUUAUUUUUGAAUUUUUUGUUCGGUGGAACGGAAAAAGAAUUAUUAUCUUGAGUUUUCUGUUUUUCAUUGGCUUUUUGAAAAAUUAUUUAGCCAACAUCUAGACAAGAAAGAAUCAUUCAAAAGUUCUAGAUUCUCUCGAAAACUGGAUGCUUGAUAUAAUACGGGCCUAAGUUUCCAAAAUUAUGCCCAUCACUGUAGAUAAUGUUUCCGCUUACAUUAAACGUAUCAUAAAACCUCCAUAGUGAAUUGAGUCUACCAACCACCCACACCGGCUUUUUAAUUGUUUUUUUUUAAAUUAAAUCUUAAAUUUUCCAAAUUCAAAGAAAAAUCUAGAACCUUUUAACUCAAAAUGCUAAAGUUCCUCAACUAUUUUGGCCCCUCUCUAAAAACAGUCAAAAACAUUUUCGUGCAUUAUUCUCUCCUCAUCAGAUUUUUGUAGCAUUACGAAAUACAAAAUGAACACUACAGAAGCUCCUAUAUUUUCUCUGAACCCAAAAAAGCUUUUCCACAUAUACAUACAUUUUCGUAUAGAAUGACCCUUGCCAAAUAAUAUUUUGUUUUGUUUUUGGUUGUUUACAAACAUAAUUUGUUUCUCGACCGACUAACAGAAUAUACCAAGAUUUUAGUUGUUUUCUUUCUUGUCUUGUCAAUCAGUUUCCUCAUAUCCGUUUGUCUUUUUUUCUUGUUUAGUUCUUCUUCCGUUCCUUCAAGUCAUCAUUUCUCUCAUUCUUCCUGCUCACUAAUUCCCAUGGAUUAAUAGUCGUCUAUUUUUUAUUGUCUCUCUGUCAAAUCGUUUUUUGAUUGAGGCAAAUAAACAGGUCCCAAAGGGAAAAAACAACAAUUUUCCCUACAGUACUCUUCAAAAUGUCACAUAAAUCAUAUGGACACAAUAAUGAGCAUGUUGUCUUCCGGAGCCCGCGUUUUUUUUUGGGUUGGCUUUCACUAAAAUGACUAGGUUUACCCUUUUCACAAGAUUUCUUCUCUUUUUACUUUUUUCGUUUUUUUCCGGAAUAAAAUAAAAAUUCUGAACACGCACAUGAAAUCGAAAUCACAAGAAAAGGUUAAAGGAUUUUGUUAAGAACAUGCGAAAAAGGUCCCUCGAGAUAUUUAAUAAUUGAUUUGUCUCUAGAGUUUCGACGUGUUCCUUCCUCUGGAAAAAAGAAGAACAAAUCUUGAGACUGACAUAAAUCUUUUCUGAAUACAUAUGUUUUUGAGCUUGAGCAUUUUCUAGAAUUCUUUUACUUCUUUUUCAUGUUGGCGGUAUCUAGAAGAUCAAAAGUUUUUGUGUUUUCUUUUUGCUCAUUUCCUCAAGUUUUUGUCGAAAAAAAUCAAGAAAAAAAAAUGUUUUGUUUGUUUUUUCUCUGUUACUAAUUGAAUUGAAAUCCGAACUUUUUUGCAGAAAAAUGGACGGAGAAACAGCUUUGCUUGACGAAUAUAAUUCAAAUCUCGCGACUUCUUCUUCAGCUUCCGAUGUUGUACCAAGACAAGUGACUACUGAAUUUAAUGAGAGGUUGGUUAGUACAAUUUUCCUGAAAAUUUAAUAGAAGACUUUUUGACAUACGUUUCAAUAAACCACACCCAUUUUACACGUUAAACAUAGCGCCUCGCACAACCCGCGAGGAUUACGUUUCUCGAAUUAUAUAAGUGGUAUAAAAAACGAAUGGUUUUCGGUUAUGACUAGCCAAUGGCCCAAAAUUAAUUAUUUGAGCAUUACUCUGAUUUUUUUCGUUCAAUGUCAAUCAAAAAAGCAAAUACUCAGAAAAGGAAAAUAUUAGUAUAUGUAAAUCACAUAUUUAGACCGACUUUGACGUCACCGAGCUUUAAAAAUAUUCCAAUUUUUGAAGCAUUGUCUAGUUUCCUUUUUCAAAGAAAAAUCGAUUCAAUUCUCAUUCAAAAAUACCGGAAAUCUCAAAUUUUCCAGUUGGAUACUUUUUUUUUCGAAAACUUCUCAUUUUCUACGCAACAUUUUCUCCCAAAAGAAAUAUGUGCCCCGGGGGUAACUAUUAUUUCAUUUUGUUUCAGUUUCAAAAAGAAAAAAGUGCAUUUUAUUAUUUAUUAUCUUUCGAAAGUAUAGUUUUGUUGUUGUCGCUUCCAUACACACAAAAAUCUUCCCUUACCAGAAAAAUAAUAAUAAAUUUCUCAGAAAUUCGAUAUCCUUUGCUAAUUUGCUAUUCAUUUUUUGGCACCCCUUUUUUUUCAUCACAAAAAUUUACAUAAGAAAAACAACAAGACAUUUUGAAGUUGUUUUUUCUAAAUUUUGGUAGAAAAAAAGUGCGAAAUAAUUAUCUCGUCAAAUUUUAAUUAAAAUUUUGUCUUCGUUUUUCUGAUCUCGAAAAUCCCCCUUUUUUCUUUUCUUUAUUUUUUUCACAAUAACAAACAAACAGCGAAAAUCAUUAAGUUUUCAUAAGGUUUUUUUGAAGUCGUUGAAAAAUCAAAAAACAUGCCACUUUUGAGCAUUUUUCUUACCUCAAUUGAGUUUUAGUAUAAUUUGGGAGUUUUUUUUUGCUAGUUUAAUUUUUGACUGAAAUUUUCGGUUCAGAUUCAGAUAUAUGUGUCUGAAAAUCCAGAUUUUGUUAAUAAUUUUGCUACGUAACUCGACUCACAAAUAAAUAACAGCGCCGCAUUUUCAGUUUUUCUCAGUUAUUCUAGUUUAAGUUAAAACAAAAUCUCAAACCUCGUAAUUAUUUUCUAUUCUGUCAAUAAUAAUUAUUCUGAAAAGUGCACUUUUCUCUCGAUUUUUUCCAUUUUUCGUCGCGCUUUCAAUUGAAAUAGUAUUCCAAACGAUUUAUUUUGUUUUGUGUUUGUCCCCAGAGGAAAACGAGACUCUAAUCGUUCCUCAUUAAACAUAGACUUCUUCUUCUUCUUCUUCGUUUUUCUGAAUACUACGCCCUGAGCUCAUUGUCUUCUUCGUUUUUUUCUUCAUUGAAAACCACUUUCUUUUUCUUCUUCGUCGUCUUCAUUUUCUUCGUCUUUUUGUGCCUUCAACAAUGUGAUGAUCCCCUAUGGGCGGUGCUUUUUAAUUGGAUUUUUUGUCUCCCUCUUUACAUAUACACCAAAAGACUUGGCUCAUGUCAUUGUUGUAGAGGUCUUUUAUGAUUUAUUUUUCAACAUUAGUUUCGUAGAAACUAUUUUGUUUAGUUUUGACAUAAAUUUGUGCUAUUUCAGUGGAUAUCCAAGUUGUUCAUCUCACUAUAAUAAUCCAAUGUCGCAUCAAAAUGGAAAUGUUAUUCAACAACAACCAGGAGGAUCAAGAAAUGAAGCAGCAAUUGUUGAAAUGAAUGAUGGAGAUACAGAUAUUGAAGAGGAGUUAUCACAUUCUUGUAAACAAAUUAUUGUGCCAAGUAAAUCACAGGUUUUAUUUUAUGUCUCAACUUGCACACAUUUACGAUUAAAUCAUCAAGGAUCAGAAUUGCAGGUAAUUUUUUCAGAAAACUACAUUUUUCGUCCCCUAAAAAUCUUCCUCAUCUCAAAAAAAAAAGUUGAAAACUUUUCUAGGUCACUGAUCCGUCCGAUUUUCCACUCCUCGAUAUUUGGUCGGAAAAUGUUUGCGAUGAAGCCCCAAUUUGGAUAAUUGAAUCAUACGGUCGAAGAGUUGCAGUUGUCACAGAUACAGCACCUCGAUCUCUAAUGUCUCUUAUUAUUCCAUUUCUUCGACCACGAAGGGGUGUUCCAACAUUUUCAGUUAUGGAUUGGAACGGAGAUGUUAUUGGAUUUUAUGCGUUGGGAAAUGAUUCAAUUGAAGUGCAAGAUACACGACAUGAUCCAAUUGCAAAAUGUUAUUGUGAGCCAGAUAGUAAUGGGUGAGUAUCUAUCUAUAGAUAUAAAAUAAAGAAAGGAGGAAAACAAAUAAUGUACUUUGCAUGCACAUCAAUAUUUUAUAAGGCUACGACUUUAAUUAAGGAUUACUAUCAAACAUGCAACAUUUUUUGAUGUAACAAAAAAUUAAUUUUUUUCAGAGAAAUAUGGAGAAUUGUUUGCGAGAAGAAUCCACAGCGUCAAUUGGCACUUUUAUCACCUGAUGGACAUCUUUCAUUUGCAUCUGAUAUUGCAUUACCUUUGAAACUUUUACUGAUUUCAACUCUAAGUCGCGCAGUUGUAACUCGAACAACAUCCAGUUGUUUUCCAUUCUUUCGGUGA